AUGAAGAGUAGUAAUAAUAUACCAAUAGAACUUAAUUGUGAAAAUUUAGGAUUUAAAAAAUUCCCAAUAGUUGGUUAUCCACUUAAUGUAUAUAAUGGAAAAUUUGAAAAUCCAAUAUAUAAAAGGGAUAUAAGAAGACAAUUCCAUUCCAAUCCAAUUAUUAUAAAAAAAUAUUCGAAUCCUCCAUUUUUCAAAGUACCACGAUAUAGAUUAAAUUAUGCUCAAAAAAAUGUUCACGUUCCUGUCUUUCAUAAGAUUCCUAAGAUUGUCGAAAUUCCAGAAAUUAGAGAAAUAACUAAAUUUGUAGAUGUUGUGAAAGUGGUAGACGUUCCUGUGGAACAAGUUAGAAUGAUUCCCAAAUUAAAAAUAAGGGAAGUUGAAAAAAUUAGACAUAUUCCAGGACCAAUAGAAUAUAUUGAUAUUCCACAGGAGCAUAUUAUCCAUAAACCAUAUACAGAAGUAAUGGAAAAAAUUUAUGAAAUACCUGAAAUUGAAGAUAUUGAAAUCGAGGUACCUAUUUAUGUGCCAACACCAGUUGGACCUCCAGAAGAUAUUCAUAUAGAUAUUCCUUUACCAUAUGAUGUUCCACAAUUUUGUUUUAAACCAGACAAAAAUAUACCUCAAAGAAUUCCAAUUCCUACACUUCACAAUAUGAAUAAUAUCCCUAAUAUUUAUUUUCAAAAUGAGAGAUUUAGUGAGCAUUUACCAAAAGUAGAUAUUUCCAAUAAAAAUCAAAAAAACAUAUAUUCAUCGCCACCAAUGGAAUGUGGUACUAAAAAAAUGAAAAUAAACGAUAAUAAUACAUACUGUAAAACGGAAUACGAUAAGAAUGAAAAUAAUAUAAAUAAAAACUUUGAUAAUUAUGGUCAACAAAAUAGAACUAAAAUUUCUAAUGAAAACACAGAUUACUAUAAAUAUAAUAUUAAUUAUGACAGUAUCAGUAAUACACGAGAUACACCAAAAAAUGAAAAUAAUGUUAAUUCAUCAGAUAAAAACGAAAAGUAUUAUUAUUCCUAUUCAUCUUAUAAUAAAUAUAACAGAAAUAAUAUAGAAAAAAAUAUCCAAUAUGAUAAAAUAGAUGGUUAUUCUAAUAACUAUGGAGAUAAUAAAAAUUAUAUAUAUGAUGAUGAAUUUGAAAACAAGAGCAGUAAAAAUAAAAAUUAUAUAUAUGAUGAUGAAUUUGAAAAUAAGGGAAGUAACAAUAAUGAUUUUACAGCAGAAAUUAUAGUCCAAAAAAAAAAAAAUUUUCAUAAUUAA